UCUGACCCUCAUGGCAUUGGGCCCAGUCUCCAUGGCAGCAGAGGAUUUAUUACCAGGCCUCCACCCAGCCUGGUGGACUUUCGACUCCAAGCCCGAGGAAAGAGAACCAAACACGGAACAAGGGGUGCCUGAAGAUGAGUACAAAGAAUGCUUCUCCCUGUAUGACAAGCAGCAAAGAGGGAAGAUUAAGGCCACAGAUCUUCUGGUGUCCAUGAGGUGUCUGGGGGCCAGCCCCACACCUGGGGAAGUGCAGCGGCACCUGCAGACUCAUGGGAUUGACAAACAUGGAGAGCUGGAUUUCUCCACCUUCCUGACCAUUAUGCACACGCAAAUCAAACAAGAAGACCCAAAGAAAGAAAUCCUUUUGGCCAUGCUGAUGGCAGACAAGGAGAAGAAAGGUUACAUCAUGGCAUCUGAGUUGCGGUCGAAACUCAUGAAACUGGGAGAGAAGCUCACCCACAAAGAAGUGGACGAUCUUUUCAAGGAAGCAGGCAUCGAACCAAACGGCCAAGUGAAAUAUGACACAUUUAUCCAAAGGAUCACCCUUCCUGUGCAAGACUACUGAGGGAGCUGGGAUCCAGAGAGCAGAGUGUGAGAGCUCCAGGGCCUGAAAACCCAAACUGAUGAAUUUUUUUAAAGGGAAAUCUAAGAUGGCAAACAUGAUGAUAAGACCACGCGGCACAACUGCUGCAGGGGCUAAGUACCAAUAAAUGAUGCAGCCAUGGUA